AUGAACGCCUGCUUAGGGACCGGGAAGCGGCUGAAGAGGAUAAAAAUGCGCUCGGCCCGCAGCUACACGACAAUACACCCUACACUCCACGAUAUAUACGGACAAUACGACACUACUAUGGACAACACACAAACGCGUGAUACCAAAGAAGAGAGCAACAUCAAAAUGGAACAAUUAUGGAAAUCGACAUUCUGGGAAAAUAGCAACUUUUUGGCCUUAAUAGACACUAGCAAGGCUAGCAGGCGGCUGGAA